AGCCUGUAUCCCACAAUUCCCUUUGCGUGGUUCAUACUUGCCAGUCAUUCUCCUUGUUUUUCUAGAGACAGAAGAAGUUAGUGCGAUAAUACUGGUUUGAGGUCGAGCGGGACGCGUAUAAAUAUUCAUUUCAUUGCUUAGGCUUUGGCAUUUGCUGCCCAUCAUGAAAGAAACCACGUCGAAAAAAAGGGAAAAGGCCCGAGAGGCCAAGUCGGAGAAAAAAGCCGAACCGGGCCCCGAGCCGCAGGAUGUGGAGAUGCCAGAAGAAGACACCGCGACGACGGGGAAAUCUCCCAAGGAGCUGGACACACUAACUCUGGAAGAUAUCAAGGAGCAUGUGAAACAGAUCGAGAAGGCUGUGUCUGGAAAGGAGCCACGCUUUGUGCUGCGUGCCCUCAGGGCUUUGCCCUCCACCAGCCGUCGGCUAAACCUCAAUGUGCUGCACAAGGCCAUCUCGGGCUUCUACACCGCCAACAGUGCUGGGAAAGAGUUCCUCCUGAGUUUCCUGGAGGAGCCUAUGGACACAGAGGGAGAUGUUCAGUUCCGUCCAAGAACUGGGAAGGCAGCAGCCACCCCUCUACUUCCUGAGGUGGAGGCGUAUCUCCAGCUUCUCCUGGUGGUUUAUCUCACCAACAACAAGUGCUACAAUGAGGCUAAGAAGGUGUCAGAUGACCUCUUACAAAAGAUUAGCUCACAAAACCGUCGGGCUCUGGACUUGGUGGCUGCCAAAUGUUACUAUUACCAUUCCCGAGUUUAUGAGUUCCUCAACCAGCUGGAUGCUGUUCGGAGUUUCCUACACGCCCGCCUGCGCACGGCCACCCUGCGUCACGACGCGGACGGUCAGGCCACGCUGCUCAACCUGCUUCUGCGCAACUACCUGCAGUAUAAUCUUUACGACCAGGCAGAAAAGCUGGUGUCCAAGUCAGUCUUCCCCGAGCAGGCGAACAACAAUGAGUGGGCCCGCUACCUCUACUACACAGGUCGAAUCAAAGCAAUCCAGCUUGAGUACUCCGAGGCCAGGAGGACCCUCACCAACGCCCUGAGAAAGGCCCCCCAGCACACCGCAGUUGGCUUCAAACAGACUGUGCACAAGCUCCUGAUCGUGGUAGAGCUUCUGCUGGGCGAGAUCCCAGACCGGUUGCAGUUCAGACAGCCCUCGCUGAAGCGCUCCCUCAUGCCUUACUUCCUGCUGACUCAGGCUGUGAGGACGGGUAACCUGGCCAAAUUCAAUCAGGUUUUGGACCAGUUUGGGGAGAAGUUCCAGACAGAUGGCACCUACACUCUGAUCAUCCGCCUCAGACACAAUGUCAUCAAGACUGGCGUUCGCAUGAUCAGCCUGUCCUACUCGCGCAUCUCUCUGGCCGACAUCGCCGUGAAGCUGCAGCUGGACAGUCCGGAGGAUGCGGAGUUCAUUGUCGCCAAGGCGAUCCGGGACGGUGUCAUCGAAGCCAGCAUCAAUCAUGAGAAGGGCUACGUUCAGUCCAAGGAGACUAUGGACAUCUACGGCACCAGGGAACCACAACUGGCAUUUCACCAGAGGAUCUCUUUCUGCCUGGACAUCCACAACAUGUCCGUCAAGGCAAUGAGGUUUCCACCCAAGUCCUACAACAAAGACCUUGAGUCUGCAGAGGAGCGACGUGAGAGGGAGCAGCAAGAUUUGGAAUUUGCGAAGGAGAUGGCGGAGGAUGAUGAUGACAGUUUCCCAUAAUCCCCCGGGGGCUGCAGCAACUUCUGCCCUACUUUUGUUUUUGUUAUUCACGUCUUUUGUCCCACCGCCUUGCAUGUGCAAGUAUCAUAUUGGAAAAUUUGAUCCAAGACUGAUAAGUAGAUUGCAGGUCAUGAAUAAUAAAGAACUACUUUCUUUAAUAAAGUAUAAAAUGACAGGCCGCAGAUAGUAUCAGGAAAGUGUCAGUGAAACCAGCAGCAGAAUGAUCUUGGAAAGAACAUGUUAAGAUAAGGUACUUUGAAUUUAAAUUAAAAACAAAUUCAACCGCUGAUAAAGGGUGAAUAAGUUCAUACAGAUGCAUUCAAAGUGUUUAUCUUUUUUUUGUACUGCAGCUCCAUUUUGUCUUUGUUCUUAACUUGUCCCUCAUCUUCCAUUUUACUCUUACUGGGAAACAGUCCUGUUUUGAGUAUCAUGGGUUUGAUAAGAGACGAGCUGGUUUCCACUGUACUCCCUGAAAUACUUGGUCAUCCACCUCACAACACCCGUGCAUUAUUGUGCCAUUAGUGGACUAUUGUUUAAUUAAAAUGUUUUUAUGUUAUGUGA